AUGUCACAUUCAGCUCCUCAUAGUCCUCAAUCUGCAGGACCAGAGCCCACCAGUCCAGGUCCAGGUCCUGAUCCAGGUCCAAGUCCUGAUUCCACCAAAGUCCUGGAGAAACCCAGACUCAGCGGCUCCAGCGAAGCUCCAGCAGACAACACCGAGUCCAGUCCAGAGGACCUCCUGGGCCUGGUCCUCUGUGACUCCUGCAUCGACACUCCUCUCCCUGCAGUGAAGUCAUGCCUGACCUGCCUGGUCUCCUUCUGCUCCUCUCACUUGCGCCCCCAUCUGGAGAACCCUAAGUUCUGCUCCCACCGCCUCCUGGACCCCCUGCAGGACGUGGAGAGGAGAACCUGCGAGAUCCACCACCAAAGCUUGGAUUGGUUCUGUGUCCCAGACCAGGAGUGCAUCUGUGAGGGCUGUGUGGAGGAGGCGCACCGUGGGCACGAGAGGAGGAGCGUGGAGGAGGCCAGGAGGAGCGUGGAGGUGAGAGAGGGGGGGAGGAGAGCAGAGAAGAGAGAGAGGACACAGGAGAGAAGAGAGUAG